CUUAAUUUUAUAAAAUCAUAAUAACCCCAAAUAAAAAUCAAAACAAAUAUUUUCUCAACUCGAAAUAAAAGGAAAAAGAAAAUUAAUCAUUUUUAUCGUAGCUUAACAAAUAUGUCGUCCUUUGUGUUUAACGUUACGAGGCAUGCCCCGGAGCUACUCCCACCGGCCGAGCAAACCCCGUACGAGUUUAAAGAACUUUCUGAUAUCGAUGACCAAGAUGGGCUUCGCUUUCAUAUUCCAUCUUUUCUAAUUUACGAACAUUCGGGUGAUCAGAAUGAUCCAGUGAUGGUUAUUAAAAAGGCAGUGGCUAAAGCAUUGGUGUCAUACUACCCAUUUGCUGGAAGGUUAAGGGAAAAAGAAGGGAGAAAGUUGGUUGUGGAAUGUAAUGGGGAAGGAAUUAUUUUUAUUGAGGCAAAUGCUAAUGCAAAUCUUAAGAUAUUUGGAUAUCCUCUUCUUCCUCCUUUCCCUUGUUUGGAUGAGCUACUUUGGCAUGUUCCUGGCUCAACUGAUAUAUUGGAUGCCCCUUUGAUGCUCAUUCAGGUGACAAGAUUCAAAUGUGGUGGGUUCAUAUUUGCACUUCAAUAUAACCACACAAUGGCCGAUGCUCAAGGCAUAAUGUUGUUCUUAAAUGCAGUAGCUGAGCAUGCAAGUGGGGCGCAAUCACUUUCAACGCCCCCCGUUUGGCAGCGCCACCUUCUUAAUGCUCGGAAACCACCCCAUGUCAAAUUUCAACACCGUGAAUAUGAAGAGGUGUUAGCGGAAACUAAUGACACCCUUAUUCCGGUGAAUGACUUGGUUGACAAGUCUUUCUUUUUUGGGCCGAAACAGAUUGCAGCUUUAAGACGCUUGAUUCCACCACACCAAAAAGCGUCAACAUUCGAAAUCCUAAGCGCAUGUCUAUGGCGAUGCCGAACAAUCGCCUUACAACUCCACCCACAACAACUCGUCCGAUUCAUGUGCAUCGUCAACUCUCGUAACCUUUUCAAUCCACCAUUACCUCCCGGCUAUUACGGUAACGGCUUCGCUUUUCCGGUAGCCCUUUCAACAGUCUCUAAACUUUCCCGCAAUCCGAUCGGGUACAGUUUAAAUCUCAUACAGCAAGCCAAAUCUGCGGUCACAGAAGAAUACAUGAAAUCAGUCGCUGAUUUCAUGGUUCUUAACGGUAGGCCUCGAUUCAGUACUUCGAUUAGCUCUUUCAUUGUUUCUGAUGUUACUAGAUCCGGAUCCGAUAAUCUGGAUCUAGGUUGGGGUUCACCCGUUUAUGGUGGACCCGCUAAAGGUGGGGUUGGGGCGGUACCAGGAAUUUCGAGUUUUUAUAUUCCAUUUAAAAACGUUAAUGGAGAAAAGGGAAUUGUUGUUCCUCUUUGUUUGCCUGCUAAUGCAAUGGAGAUUUUUGUGAAAGAGAUAAAUGGAUUGUUGGGGAGUGUUUUGAAUAGUCCGAAUAAAGGUCAUGGAUCAUCCAUUUUAAUAUCUUCUUUGUGAGGUUUUGUAGCAAGGUAGUAAGGACUAAUGUGUUAUGUAUGACGCAUGACUGUAUGAGCUAUAGUUGUAACUUGUAAGAGAUGUCCCUGAAUAAGUUAUGUAUAAAAUGCGUCUUUUGAUGAUACCGUCUAGCUCAUACAACUAUUUGUAAUGUGUUAUAGAUUGAUUACAUGGUUGACGGUUUCACAUUUAGUUUUUUAAUUUAUCAUGUUAUUUUAACAAGUAUUGUACUGUACUUGUUAGAUAAAAAUACUUAAUAUUAUAAUAUCUUAUAAGGUUUGUAUAUAGCAAGGAUUGUACUAGUUUUAAGAUGAAAAAAUGAUACUUUGUAUAUUUUUUCAAUAGUAAUUGAUCUCGUAAUAUAGUCAAAGAUAAGUUUUGAUUUAAGAAAACACAAGUGAAAUAUAGUUGAUGAAGUAAUCGGCUCUAAUUU